AUGACCAUUUGCCCAUAUCAACGUCCAAGUCUUGGAAUCGGCUGGAGACCAAGCUCCAAGUUGUGUUGCGUUCCUGCAAACGUAUCAGGUCACAGUGAGAGAGGACCACUAAAAGCGGAGCGAGGACUUAGUUUACGUCAAUCAAGGAAGAUAUAUGAAGUCACAAAUGUUCUACUCCCUGUCGGAUCUGGUAAGGUUUUCAAUGUGUUGCAACCUAAGAUAGACUGUAGAGUUGGGGGAAAUUUCUGUUCCCUUCCUUUCAAAACAACACCCCCUCCUCACCCCCAGUGAUCGGGGUUUUUUGCUGUCGCAUGCAAGCACGGAGGCAGGAGGUUGCUUUCGUUAUUUACUCACUCAUGUGCAACGUCCAACAUGUAAUUGUUCACUUAUAUUCGGCUGUUUGCGUUAAAGGAAAGUAGGUGUGGAAAUGGGUGGCGCUGGUAUCUUGAAUACCGUCAAGGACAAGCUAAAGAAACCAGGGUGCGUGCGGGCCGUUAAAUUUUGUAGAGGCUUAUUAUAACCAGGGCAUUUACUUUAAUAGUGUAUCCUGGUCUGAUGUUAAAACAAUCAUUCCAACCUAUUGUCAUUAAUUUUACACCUGUUAGGAAUCUGCGUGCGAUGUCAAAAGUCUUUUGGAACACUAGUUGAAGGGUCACAUAAGACGACACCAAAAGAGGUUGAAAGUAUGACAGAUUGUUUGAGGAAAUUUAACUUGGUAAGAGUCUUUAGUAGUCUUUUGUGUUAAGGUGGCUACGAAUAAGAAUCAUUUUAACUAUUAUUAUUAUUAUUAUUAUUAUUAAUUUUUGUAUAAUUAUAUUGGCUUGAUUACACUUCUUUGUUUACUAGGGCGAUAAACUGCAUCCUCCAGCAAUGUGACUGCAAUCAAAUCUCUUCCCGCUGAUCCUAUAACUUUAGGCGAGCAAGAUAAAACUCAAGCAGCAGUCGUUACGUCCAAGCGCCAGCGUCUCUACCUACCUCCAGAAGAUUCUGACGAGAGUGAAGAAAGCCCAGGCCCCUCUACUAAUGUCCAGGGGCCUCAACAACAGCUGAAUCGUUUUCUGAAACUUCGUGAUAUCAGUCCGGUACGCAGUGUUUUGUCAGUUUCGUGGGAAAAAGCCAGUGAACGCACGAAACGCCGUUAUUUACGAAAGGCAGAACAACCAAUUUCAGCAGUGUUAGACGUCAUUGCACCAGAAGCUUCAGGUGAAUUGUUGACAGAAUUAAGCAGUCGCCAUAUGCUUGGCGUUGGUAAGGAAACCGACGAACAGGUUCUCGAAAAAAGGCAAAGAGAGUUAGAAGUUCUUGAAGCAUUAGGCGAAAGCUACUUAAAUGCCCAGCACUGGAGUACCCGCAGGCAGAUACUGUCGUUAAUGGCAGACAAACUCUCUCUUAACGAGUUGAGAAAGUUGAUACCAACA